AUGGGGGACCCCCUGUUGGACUCCAGCCCCCUCAUCAGUGCAGCAGCCUCCUGUAAGCUUCGUCUGGUCCGCCUGCUGGUGGAGGGUGGGGCUCAGGUCAACGGGCGCAACCCGAGAGGAGAGACCCCUCUCCUGGCUGCCUGUAAGGCUCUGAGAGGGGAGCCUGCUGGGCCUGAGACGGUGAAACUCCUCACCUACCUGCUCCAAAACAAGGCAUAUCCAAAUGCACAGGACCGGGCUGGACGCAGCGCUCUGAUGUACGCCUGUAUGGAGCGAGCAGGAGCUCAGGUGGCGUCCACCCUGCUGGCUGCAGGAGCCGACCCCAGCAUGGAGGACUACUCCGGAGCCUCAGCACUGGUGUACGCCAUCAAUGCACAGCACCAGCCGACAUUAAAGGUGUUGAUGGAUGCCUGCCGGGCCAGGGGUCGUGACAUCAUCAUCAUUGCCACGGAGAUGGGUGGGAAUGGAAGCCCGGUGACUAGGCGUUACCUGAAUGUUCCUCCAUCUCCUGACACCUCGCCGGUGUCCUGCAUGUCCCCGUCUGACAUCAUCCUCAAGACGGGCUCACCCAACUCAUCCGAGGGAGAAAACAUCUUCAACUUCAGAGGAACUAGCAAAAGAGGAAGCAGCAGCAGCAGCAGCAGCAGCAGACAUCCCUCCUGUGAGCUGAGUCCAUUGAGCCAGAGUAGCACUCCACCGCCCAGACAGAGAAUGUUAUCGGAACCAUGGCUUGCCAUUCACAACCUGGCCUGUCUGAACCGGGCUUACGAGGAGGGCAUGAGGGAGAGGAGCCUGUGGGAGGAGGGGGACAGAGAGGAUUCAAGGAGAGAGAGAGGAGGGAGGGGAGAUAAGGAGCCACAUUUUCAUCAGUCCGGGAUGGAAGAGAGGAAGGAGAGUGUGGUUCAAAGGAGGGAUAACAGAUGUGGAGGAGAGAAUUACAACAGCUGCUGUGAGGAUUUUCUUCCAAGACUUUCUCAGUCGGUCCUCUCCCUCACAGAGAUGAGCCCAUCUCAGACAACUGCCAGCAGACUGUUACCUAAGAGGUGUUUGACGCUUGGAGGUUCAACAUCAGACAACAUGACCCUGAAAAGCUGUGUUGAUAAGCUCCCUGCCUGUUUGUCUCCUCACUCCCAACUCCGCAGGAACACCCUCCCCUCCGUCACGGUCGUUCCUCCUCUGCUUCACCUCCCGCCCUUGGUCCACCAAUCAGACUCCCACCUCCAGGUUCCAUCCCAGGCUUCCACUUCCAAAAGCAGAAGCAUGGUGUUUCUGCCUCACCCACCAAGCUCCUCUCCACCCUCCUCUUCCUCCAGAGCAUCUGUAAGAGCGCUGUUACUCCCUCGGCUGCCGCCCGCCUCCUCUCUAACGUCACUGGUUGCUCCUCCUGCGUCCUGCUGCAGCGAGAGGAGCAGGAGGCCACAGCGUCGCCACUCGGUACAGCUUAAGCAGAUGGGAGGAAGAGGAGGAACCAUUUAGGUCUUCAUCCCUCCAUAGUGUGCUUCUCUGACAUGAGAAAGUGAUAAGUUCAAGCAGCAGCCUGAACAUGGAGCUGGAGUGGACAAACUCUACCCACAAAGCCUCACGUCUGAACAAAUCAUUUUAAAGAUCCCCAAAUCACUGAGAUUAUAGUUGCAGUUUUGUAACAAAAGUGCAAAAUGAAACCGUAAAAUAUAAAAACAUAAAAUAA